GAGUUCACGCCAAGUAGAGCACGGCAGUUUGUGUCAGACUACGGAGCUCGGAAGAUGCUCCCGGUUGUUCACGAGACGGGUGGACCACCCUCGUCGCGACGACGGUGUCGCGCCAUCGCGGUCCCUCUCGGUAUCGUCGCGUCGGUCCUCCCCGGGGAAGUCGAAAAGAACGCGGGAAACAGUACCGGUAGGAUCAGCAGACCAACAUCCACUGCCACGAUGAUGACUAUGGCCUUAACCGUCCUCUUGAUCCUGGUACCCGCGGUAUUUCCAGACAAGAUUCCCAUCGGUGCCAUUUUCGAGCAAGGUACCGACGAAGUACAGUCCGCCUUCAAGUUCGCGAUGAUGAACCACAACCAGAACAUAACGAUUCGCAAAUUCGAGCUGCAAGCCUUCGUGGAUGUGAUUAACACCGCGGAUGCGUACAAACUAUCUCGUCUAAUCUGCAACCAGUUUAGCAGAGGCGUGUUUUCCAUGUUGGGUGCCGUGAGUCCAGACUCAUUCGAUACACUACACUCUUAUAGCAACACCUUCCAGAUGCCAUUCGUGACACCCUGGUUCCCCGAAAAGGUCCUGACGCCAUCCUCGGGUCUCCUGGACUUCGCCAUAAGUAUGCGGCCGGAUUACCAUCGCGCUAUCAUCGAUACGGUGCGAUACUACGGUUGGAAGAAAAUCAUCUACCUCUACGACUCCCACGAUGGAUUGCUCAGGCUGCAGCAGAUUUAUCAGGGCUUGAAACCAGGCAACGAGUCCUUUCAAGUUGAAACCGUCAAGAGAAUACAGAAUAUGUCAGAGGCAAUCGAUUUUCUACGGAGUCUUGAGGAACUUAACCGAUGGAGUAACAAAUACGUCGUGCUCGAUUGUCCGACAGACAUGGCAAAGGAUAUUGUUGUGAGCCAUGUGAGGGAUAUAGCUUUGGGAAAAAGAACGUAUCAUUAUCUGCUGAGUGGCUUGAUAAUGGACGACCGAUGGGAGAGCGAGGUGAUCGAGUUCGGCGCCAUCAACAUCACGGGCUUUCGCAUCGUAGAUGGCAAUCGACCUCACGUCAAGGAGUUCCUGACCAACUGGCAUCGCCUGGACCCCGCCAUGGCUCAAGCCGGUCGUGAAUCCAUUUCCGCACAAGCUGCUCUGAUGUACGACGCCGUGUUCGUCUUGGUCGAAGCCUUCAACAAGUUUUUGAGAAAGAGAACCGAUAAAAAUAAUACACGACGUAUAGGAACUACAAGCAGCAAUCAGCCUAUAAACGGGACAAAAGCUUUAGAUUGCUACAACAAUCGCGGCUGGGUCACUCCGUGGGAAUAUGGAGACAAAAUCUCGAGACUUUUGAGAAAGGUUGAGAUUGAAGGGCUGACAGGAGAGAUACGAUUCAAUGACGAUGGUCGGCGACAGAAUUACACGCUUCAUGUCGUCGAGAUGACUGUUAAUAGCGCUAUGGUGAAAGUCGCCGAAUGGACUGAUGAGACUGGUUUUCAAGCCAUAGCCGCAAAAUAUGUACGACUUCGUCAACAUGAAGUUGAAAAGAAUAAAACCUACAUCGUUACUACGAUAUUGGACGACCCUUACAUAAUGAAGAAAAUGUCGGAUACAGAUGAAGUAUUAUUCGGAAAUGACAUCUACGAAGGAUAUUGUAAAGAUUUGGCUGACCUCAUCGCCAAGCUAGGCAUAUCAUACGAGCUGCGGAUCGUGAAGGACGGAAAAUACGGCAUGGAAAACCCGGACGUCCCGGGCGGCUGGGACGGCAUGGUCGGGGAGCUUAUCAGAAAGGAAGCCGACAUAGCAAUCGCUCCCAUAACUAUCACUUCUGAUCGAGAACGCGUGAUCGAUUUUAGUAAACCGUUUAUGUCUCUCGGCAUCAGCAUCAUGAUAAAAAAACCCAUCAAACAAAAACUCGGAGUCUUCAGUUUCCUGAAUCCGCUGAGCAAGGAGAUCUGGGUGUGCGUCAUUUUUUCCUACAUCGCAGUUUCUAUCGUCCUGUUUAUUGUAUCAAGAUUUUCGCCGUACGAGUGGAGGGUACUCACCAUCAGCGGUAGCACGGAUUCAGCUAUUAGCGGACGAAACGAUCCCAGUUUGCAACAUCCGCAUACGCCGCAAGGUUCACCCCACAUGCCAACUUCUAGCAUGGCCAACGACUUCAGUAUCGUAAAUAGCCUCUGGUUUGCUCUGGCGGCGUUUAUGCAACAGGGCUGCGAUAUCUCGCCCAGAUCCAUAUCUGGUCGCAUAGCCGGCAGCGUCUGGUGGUUUUUCACUCUGAUUUUAAUAUGCUCCUACACCGCGAAUCUCGCUGCAUUUUUAACCAUCGAGAGAAUGGUCACGCCAAUUAACUCGCCCGAGGAUUUAGCGGCGCAGACGGAGGUCCAGUAUGGCACUGUCACUAAUGGCGCGACGAUGGAUUUUUUUCGAAAAUCUCCAAUUGGUCUCUAUAGCAAGAUGUGGGAGUUCAUGAACUCGCGGAAGCACGUGUUCGUAAAAUCGUACGAGGAGGGAGUACGAAGAGUGAGAGCGAGUAAGGGCAAAUACGCAUUUUUAAUCGAGAGUCCGACGAAUGAAUAUACAAACGAGAGAGAGCCUUGCGACACGAUGAAGGUCGGAAGAAAUCUCGAUGCCAAGGGAUUCGGUGUCGCGACGCCGUUAGGAUCCCCUCUCAGGGAUCCCAUAAACUUGGCGGUGCUGUCGCUGAAGGAAAAUGGAGAACUGGCGAAGCUGUUCGAACGAUGGUGGUACGAAAGGACGGAAUGCAGGCACGGUGAUAAGCCAGACGCUGCUAGAAACGAAUUAUCGCUGAGCAACGUAGCGGGAAUAUUUUAUAUCCUCAUCGGUGGCCUCCUUCUGGCGCUCGCUGUAGCUCUCUUGGAAUUCUGCUACAAAUCGCACACAGAGGCGACAAGAGCGAAGAUUCCACUGUCGGACGCGAUGAAGGCGAAAGCACGACUGACGAUCGGUGGUGGUCGCGAUUUCGACAAUGGACGGCGCGGGAAGAAACGAGUACUGGCUGCGGAGGUACCAACUUUGACUACGUUCGCGCCGAAGUACUACGCUCCAGCCAACGCGAUUGGGAACACGGAGGGCGAUCAGGUUCACAGCAAUACCCACACCCAGGUGUAAAUUAUUACCUGGAGAGCCCGAGCGACGGAUCGCCCUCGAAUUCGCUGCCCACACCUCCGCCACCCCCAUUGGUGGCACCCCCACCGCCACCCCCACCGCCCAGGAGACCACGGAGGAACGUGACCUUCGCGGAGUCGCCACCGAAGAGCCCGAGGAAGAAGAGCCCGAAGUACAUGUUCCAGCGGAAGUCCAGCAUGGCGGUCCUCGACGUGGCGGUCCCGUGGACGCCGGCGUCGCCGCGACACUGGGCCGGUCUCAGCGACAAGCCGCCAGAAUACAUCACGUAAGAUGCUGAAGCGAGCGUAGGCAACGAUCGGCGUCUUUUCGACAUCAUGACGACCUUAGCUAUUUGGAGUAUCUGUGCUGAGACAUUCGAACGUAUACUCGAGCUGCUGACACGAGGUAGCUCUUCUUCUCUUGCCAAUUUUUCGCCCAGAAAUGUUCUAGCGAUCCGAACUCGAGUAAUGAAGCGAUUGGAACAUGGAAGCAUUGAUAUUUUUAUAGAACAAUAAUCGUAAGGUUUUGUAAUGAUUCUAAGAAAUCGAGAAAAAAUUGUGUCCCUCUGUGCGUUGUAACAUUUUUCACGCAGAACCGAAUGGUUUUCUGUAGCGAUUUCCAUGGACGAUGUAUUUAAACGACUUAGGGAGAAGUUGAGAGACUAGUUCCUCUGAUAAAUAUUGGAAUGCGAUUACCUUAAUACAGAAUUAUGCAGAUGACAAUUGGAUUAUCGGUAUGUUCGAAUUGCGAAAAAUUGUGUCGCAUUACUCGAGAUUUCGGAUUAUUUGAUAUAACUGAUAGUAGAAUCGAGAUAAAUGUAUCAAAACAUCGGCGACUAUUGUCCUUUUCACGCACCUUGAAGAAUAUCAUUUCAUCCACAGAACAUAAAACAUUGGCCGAUCACGAAAAUGCCAAUACUUUUUACAAAACAUUCAAAAUUCAAAUUUUCUACAAUAAAUUUUACCAUUUUAUAAAAAUUAGUAUUUAUUAUCUUGAGAUUUUUAAUAUUUACCAAAAGAUAAAAUCAGUAUGGAAAAUAUAUCAGAGCGUGAGAUUUAAAAAAAAUGGGCAGCCACAUCCUCAUAAAUCGGCGGAAUUUUUCGUCGCUCGAGGAGUACACAUAAGUAAAGCAUUUCCCAAGCUUCGAUUAAAGCUUCGAUCUGCAACGUCGACACGAAUGGAAACGAAAAUUCCUGUCGGCCGAAUCCUUUGUACAUUGUAAAUAUCCGUGAGCGAAUCAAAUAAAAAUAAAAAAAGAAAAGAAGCAAAACGAAUUCACCGUCGGGGCGACGAUGAAGUCGCCACGAUUGCGAUAGUAUAAUGAUGGUCCUGGGAUGGGUGCAUGUGCAACCAGCAACUCGAACUACACACUUACUGCCAUAAAAAAAAACAAACGAAAAAAGGAACGCGUAAUGAGAUUACAAAAAAGAAAAAUAAGAAACAGCGUUCGCGGGUGGAAGAUUUUAGAAGAAGAUUUGCGAUGGAUGAAAAAAAAAGGUUCGCCGUCGCAAAUAAAUUAUUAUUAGAAACGUCACGUGCCAAAAGAGACUGUCGAUCGUGACGACGACGCAACUAUUAUUCUUAUUAUUAUUACUAGAUAUUAUAAUUAUUAUUAUGAAUUACAAUUACUGUGUAAUAAGGGGGUAACUAUUUUGUGCAAUGAGCGAGAGUGUGAAUGAGUCUGACACCGCAAAACAGCGGGGUCUCACAUGAGUUUUUUAAUCCAGACGGGCGUAAAAUCGCACCGAUGCGUGAGUGUGUGUUGCGUGAAAUAUAUAUAUAUAUAGUAUAUAAUAUAUAAAUAUAAAUAUAUAUAUAUAUAUAUAAAUAUAAAUGCAAAUAUAAAUAUACAUACUUAUAGACGUUUAUUGAGAAAACGAAUGUGCGAGUCAUGAUAAUGGGGUGCGUGUGGAACGUAUGGUAUUUUAAUCAUGUAAACGCGUUAUGAGUACCUAAAGCGGCAUCAGAUCGCGCCGGUCUGGAUCGAUGGAUGGAUGCAAGUUAUAUCCCGCUUCUCUCUCGCGUUCCGCUCGAGUUUUCUUAUCGUCUUCACACAGAACCGUCUCGCGAUUGGAAACUUACCGUGCGUCGACGGAUCGUCGCGAUCUGGUUCGCGAGAAACGACGUUUACGGUUCACGUUGGUUUCGUGCCAAAAGAGACGAUAUCUCCCGCCCAUAUAGUUCGACGCUACAUUAUCUACGACAGGCACACUGCAAAUAAUGUACAUUUUUAAGGGGAUUCUUGUGAUUGCGUAUAUAAACCGUCUUUAACACUUCAUCGAUCGGAGUUCGAUGCUAUUUCAAACAAUAAAUGUACCAUUUUGUAUAAUAUAUAAAGGGAAAGAAUGAGAACUCUGACGCACGAACAUGAGAAGAAAAA